GACGUUGGCCGUGAACGAGAAAAUUCGUACCUACAUAAAUACAUAAAUACAUAAAUACAAGAACAUUAUCCGAAUUGUCUUUUAUUGAAGAGCACGGUUUUAUUCUUCCAAAUACCAUGAAUCUUGGUUUGUCCAUGGACGGAAGUCUGAAUCAGAUCAACCAUAAAUUACGCGAGAAGGAGAAGAAGCGUACGGAGGAACGUCGUCGAAGCAUUCCGUACCUUAUAGCUCAAUAUCUGAAGCAACAUGGAUUAACAGACUCUUAUGGCACAUUGUUCUCUGAGGCCCAGUUACCUACCGACAUUCAAAUAGCCGACAAUAUCGAUCUGGAAAUGAUACUCAUGGAAUACGAUAGUUAUUAUCAUCUAAAAUUCAACAAGUACCCAAUACUAUACAAAACGGUUGAAUCAACAUCUUCCACAAAUCCAAUUAAAAAAAUUAAAACGGUCAUCAAAUCGAAUAAAAACGACACAGCUAAAGAAGAUGUCGCAGCACACCAGACUAAUUUCACUCCAGAGAAUGAUAUCAGUUUUGGGUUAACAGUGUCACCCCUUUUUCCCAAAGAAAAUGUCAAUGAAAAUAACAAUUUGACAAAAGAUGUACCAAACAACCGGCCUACGAAAUCAAAGAUAUUAAGCUGUAUCGAAAAACUUUAUCCGUCUGACUCUGAACUUCGGAAAAUAGCCGAGGAUAUUUCGACGGAAAUAGUGUUGGGCAAUUUGAACGUUUCUUGGGAUGAUGUGGUAGGACUCGAUAAAUGUAAGGCAGCUAUAAAGGAAGCCAUCGUUUAUCCGCUUAAGUAUCCCAUUUUCUUCAGUGACAAAUUUUCCCCGUGGAAAGGCAUUUUACUGUAUGGACCACCUGGUACAGGGAAAACUAUGUUGGCCAAGGCAGCUGCGACGGAAUGUAAUUGCACGUUCAUCAAUGUAACCGCUAGUUUAUUGGUCAGUAAAUGGCGAGGCGAUUCCGAAAAGUAUAUCCGUGUUCUGUUUGAUCUCGCUUACAAUCAAUCACCAGCGAUUAUUUUUAUUGAUGAAAUUGAUUGGAUAUCUACAAAUAACACAAACGAUUCGUUAUCCGAACCUGCAAAACGAUUUAGAGCAGAACUUCUCACUAGAUUAGAUGGAUUAUUAUCACCUGAGGGUUCAAAUGUCAUGCUUUUGGCUGCUACUAAUGCUCCUUGGAACAUCGACGCAGCUUUACUCAGACGUUUAGAAAAGCAAAUCUAUGUUACGUUACCCGAUGAACACUCUCGUCUUAAUCUAUUCAGCUCAUACGUUUCACCAAAUAUAAUGGAGGUAAAAGGAAAUUAUUUAGUCGAGGUAACUAACGACUACUCUGCUGCAGAAAUAAAAUUAAUUUGCAAAGAAGCAUGGAUAAUCCAAUCAGCUCCAACAUGGAACCGUCUAGAGAAUAAUGAAAUAACUGUAACAAAUUUACAAUUCAAUAUUACCAGCUUAUCGAGUUUAGUUUACGCGAUAAAAAACAUACAAGGAACGGAUAAAAAUAUCCCUAAAUACGAUGAUUGGAUAAAAAGUUAAUUUCUGUUAUGUUAAUAAAGGGAGCGCAUGUAUUGUAUUUUAUGAAAAA